AUGUCGAGCUCAGAGAUUAAUACGGUGCUCGCCAACUCGCUGUCUGCAGAUGCGAACCUGCGAAACGCCGCCGAACAACAACUCACCCAGGCAGCGGAGAGUAACUUCCCGCUGUACCUCGCUACACUCGUUCAAGAACUCGCAAACGAACAAGCAGAGAGCUCCAUCCGAGCCGCUGCCGGUAUUGCCCUCAAGAACGCCUUCACAGCCAGAGACUUCGCCAGGCAGCAGGAGCUGCAGACAAAAUGGCUUCAGGGAACGGACGAUGAGACCAAGAGCCGGGUGAAGCAGCUGACACUGCAGACCCUGUCCUCAAGCAACACCCGUGCUGGCAAUGCUGCCGCCCAAGUCAUCUCCUCCAUCGCCGCCAUCGAGCUGCCCCGCAACCAAUGGCCCGAUCUGCUUCCUUUCCUCGUCAAGAACGUGAGCGAGGGCGCCGAUCACCAGAAGCAGGCUUCACUCACCACCAUUGGCUACAUCUGCGAAAGCCAAGACUCCGAGCUGCGACUCGCUCUCGUAACCCAUUCCAACGCCAUCCUGACCGCUGUCGUCCAGGGCGCUCGCAAGGAGGAGGCCAACGUCGAGGUCCGACUCGCCGCCAUCACGGCGCUUGGCGACUCGCUCGAGUUUGUUGCCAACAACUUCAAGCAUGAGGGCGAGCGAAACUACAUCAUGCAAGUCGUUUGCGAGGCCACCCAGGCCGAUGACUCGAGAAUCCAGCAGGGCGCUUUCGGCUGCCUGAACCGCAUCAUGGGUCUUUACUACGAGAACAUGCGCUUCUACAUGGAGAAGGCCCUCUUUGGCCUGACCAUUCUCGGGAUGAAAUCCGAGGAUGAGGACGUCGCCAAGCUGGCCGUCGAAUUCUGGAGCACCGUCUGCGAAGAGGAAAUUUCCAUCGAAGACGACAACUCACAGGUCGAGAGCUCGGACCAGAUGCGCUCAUUCUACAACUUUGCGCGCGUUGCCGCCAAUGAGGUUGUUCCUGUCUUGUUGACUCUCCUGACCAAGCAGGACGAGGAUGCUACGGAUGAUGAGUACAACUUGUCCCGGGCUGCCUACCAGUGUCUGCAGCUCUACUCUCAGGCUGUCAACGCCACCAUCAUUGCUCCAGUUCUGUCCUUUGUUGAGUCGAACCUGAGAUCUGAUGACUGGCACAACCGAGACGCUGCCGUUUCUGCAUUUGGCGCCAUUAUGGAGGGCCCCGAUGAGAAGGUUCUGGAGCCCAUUGUCAAGCAGGCUCUGCCUGUCCUGAUCACCAUGAUGGACGACUCGUCUCUCCAGGUCAAGGACUCCACCGCCUAUGCCCUGGGCCGCGUCACCGAGGCGUGCUCAGAGGCUAUUGAUGCUCAACAGCAUCUUCCCACGCUGAUUGCGUCCCUCUUCAAGGGCCUCAUUAGCAACGCCAAGAUGGCCCCAUCUUGCUGCUGGGCCCUGAUGAACCUCGCCGAGCGCUUCGCCGGCGAUUUUGGUGCUUCUUCUAACCCCAUUACUCCUCACUUUAACCAGGCCGUCAGCUCCCUGCUGGACGUCACUGCUCGCCAGGAUACCGAGACAUCCGUGCGAACCGCCGCCUACGAAGUCCUCAAUGUCUUUGUUCAGAACUCUGCCUCUGAGAGCCUGCCGGCCAUCGCAUCCCUGUCUGAUGUCAUCAUCAAGCGUCUCGAGGAGACCAUUCCUCUGCAGACUCAGGUCGUUAGCGUCGAGGACAAGCUGACUCUGGAAGAGAUGCAAAACAGCCUGUGCACCGUUCUGCAAGCCAUCAUCUCGCGCCUUGAUAAGGAGAUUACCCCUCAAGGUGAUCGCAUCAUGCAGGUCCUCCUUCAGAUCCUAAGCACUAUCGGAGGAAAGUCUAGCGUGCCCGAGGCCAUCUUCGCCACCAUCAGCGCCCUGUCAACUACCAUGGAGGAAGACUUUAUCAAAUACAUGGAAGCCUUUGUUCCAUUCCUGUACAAUGCUCUCGGAAACCAAGACGAGCCUAGUCUCUGCUCGAUGGCUAUUGGCCUCGUCAGCGACAUUACGCGAUCCAUGGGCGAGCGCAGCCAGCCUUUCUGCGACAACUUCAUGAACUAUCUCCUCAACAACCUAAGGAGUACCACUCUUGCCAACCAGUUCAAGCCCGCUAUUCUGCAGUGCUUUGGUGAUAUUGCCGGCGCCAUCGGAGGCCACUUCGAGACGUACCUGUCAGUCGUUGCUCAGGUUUUGGAGCAAGCAUCCACAGUCACAGCAACGCCCGAGGGACCCGAUGAGAUGUACUACUAUGUCAUCUCUCUGCGAGAAGGUAUCAUGGAUGCGUGGGGUGGCAUUAUCGGUGCCAUGAAGUCCAGCGGAAAGACGCAAGUCCUUCAGCAAUAUGUUCCCGCCAUCUUCCAGCUUCUUAACCUCAUCAGCACUGAUGCCAACCGCAGCGAGUCACUUAUGAGGGCGGCUAUGGGAGUCAUCGGUGACUUGGCUGACGCCUAUCCCAAUGGCGAGCUUGUUGAUGCUUUCCGACAGGGCUGGUUGACGGCGAUGAUUAAGGAGACCAAGACCAACCGCGACUUCCAGCCGCGCACGAUAGAGACCGCUCGCUGGGCUCGUGAGCAAGUCAAGCGUCAGUUGGGUGGCACACAAGGCGUCAUUGCUCAGUCUUGA